CCGGCAUGGAGGAGGGGUCGGCUCCGACCGCCGGCGCCGGGAGGAAGGCGCGGGGCUGCGGCGGGGCCGCCCCCUGCGAGGACGGCUUCGACUGCCGGGAGCUCGAGUCCCUCUUCCGCAGCUACAACCUGAAGCUGGAGCAGACGGCCACCCUGAAGGCGCUGGCCGUGCUCGUCGCCCUGACGGCGGCCCUGGCCCUGGGGGAGCUGGCGGCGGGGCCGGGGCUGAGCCUGGCCAAGGGCUCCCCGCCCGUGCACUGCGUCGUCUUCCUCGCCCUCUUCGUCGUCACCAACGUCCAGUACCUGCGGGUGCCCCAGCUGCAGCAGAUCGGCCGGCUGGCCCUGCUCUUCUGCCUCACCUUCUCCAUCCUCUGCUGCCCCUUUGCCCGCGGGGGCGACGGGCGGGAGCGGCCCCCCGUCCCCGCCCCCGCCCCUGCCCCCGUGGUGGCCGGGCUGGGCCCGGCCCGGGGCAUGUGGCAGCUGCUGCUGGUCACCUUCGUGUCCUACUCCCUGCUGCCCGUGCGGACCCUGCUGGCCGUGGUCUUCGGGCUGCUGGUGGCCGUCUCCCACCUCGUGGUCACCGCCGCCUCCGUCCCCGCCAAGACCCAGCGGCUCUGGAGAACGCUCGGGGCCAAUGCUCUUCUUUUUGUCAGCGUAAAUCUGUAUGGGGUCUUUGUGAGGAUUUUGACGGAAAGAGCACAGAGGAAAGCUUUUCUGCAGGCCAGAAACUGCAUUGAGGACCGACUGAGGUUGGAGGAUGAAAACGAGAAACAGGAAAAGCAGUUAUUGAUCUUUCUGCCGAGGAAUGUUGCCAUGGAAAUGAAGGAAGAUUUCCAACCGCCUGAGAGGAUAUUCCACAAGAUUUACAUUCAAAGGCAUGACAAUGUUAGCAUUUUGUUUGCAGACAUCGUGGGAUUCACCAGCUUGGCAUCUCAGUGCACUGCUCAAGAGCUGGUGAAGCUCCUGAAUGAACUCUUUGGGAAGUUCGAUGAAUUAGCCACAGAAAACCACUGCCGGCGAAUAAAAAUCCUAGGUGACUGUUACUAUUGUGUAUCAGGAUUGACCCAACCCAAAACAGACCAUGCUCAUUGCUGUGUGGAAAUGGGGUUGGAUAUGAUCGACACCAUCACAUCGGUAGCAGAGGCCACUGAAGUUGACCUCAACAUGAGAGUGGGCUUGCACACUGGACGGGUCCUGUGUGGUGUGCUGGGACUUCGAAAAUGGCAAUAUGAUGUCUGGUCAAAUGAUGUGACCCUGGCAAAUGUGAUGGAAGCUGGAGGAUUACCUGGAAAGGUUCAUAUCACAAAGACCACAUUAGAGUGCCUAAAUGGGGAUUAUGAGGUAGAGCCUGGUUGUGGGCACGAAAGAAACAGUUUCCUGAAGAAGCAUAAUAUUGAAACAUUUUUUAUUGUGCCAUCUCAUCGAAGAAAGAUCUUCCCGGGGCUAAUUCUCUCAGAUAUAAAGCCGGCCAAGAGGAUGAAGUUCAAAACUGUCUGCUAUCUGUUGGUCCAGCUGAUGCACUGUCGGAAGAUGUUCAAAGCCGAAAUCCCUUUCUCUAAUGUCAUGACGUGUGAGGACGACGACAAGAGGAGAGCAUUAAGGACGGCCUCUGAAAAACUCAGGAAUAGAUCUUCAUUUUCUACAAACAUGGUAUACAACACUCCAGGAACUCGCGUAAAUAGAUACAUUGGUCGUUUGAUAGAGGCUCGGCAAACUGAAUCUGAAAUGGCAGACUUGAAUUUCUUUACCCUGAGGUAUAAACACGUUGACCGGGAACAUAAAUAUCACCAGCUUCAAGAUGAGUACUUCACCAGUGCUGUAGUUCUUUCGCUGAUUCUAACUGCUCUAUUUGGCCUCCUUUACCUUCUAAUAAUUCCACAGAAUACCAUAGUCCUUGUCCUCCUGGUGUUCUGCAUAUGUUUUCUUGUGGCUUGCAUCAUGUACCUACACAUCACAAGAGUACAGUGUUUUCCAGGAUGCCUGACAAUUCAAAUCCGUACCACUUUGUGUAUUUUUAUUGCGAUCUUAAUUUAUUCUGUGGCUCAAGGAUGCGUGGUGGGUUGUAUGCCUUCGGUUUGGAAUAGGAAUUCCAGCACUUCCAUAGUUAUCAUUUCCUCGGAAGGCAAAAAUGAAACGAUGAACGAACUUCCCUGCAGUACUGUUCAUUAUGCAUUCCUCUCCUGUGUUGUGGGGACUUUGACCCUGGCAAUAUUUCUACGUGUUUCUUCACUGCCAAAAAUGAUCCUUCUGUUUUGUGUGACAAUUUUGUACAUUCUUGUUCUGGAACUCAGCGGGUUCAGGAAAGCACUGGGGGGAAGCUCCAAUUAUAUGCACGGCUAUGAACCUAUAUUAGCCAUUUUGCUGUUUUCUUGGGCUCUGGUUCUCCAUUCUCGGCAAGUGGACUUGAAGUUACGUCUGGACUACCUCUGGGCUGUGCAGGCAGAAGAGGAGAGAGAUGACAUGGAAAGAGUCAAGCUGGAUAAUAAAAGAAUUCUCUUCAACCUUUUACCAGCCCAUGUGGCAAAGCAUUUCCUUAUGUCCAAUCCAAGAAACAUGGACCUUUAUUACCAGUCAUAUUCACAAGUGGGGGUGAUGUUUGCUUCCAUCCCAAAUUUCAACGAUUUCUACAUUGAACUGGAUGGCAAUAACAUGGGAGUGGAGUGUUUACGCCUCUUAAAUGAAAUUAUUGCUGAUUUUGAUGAGCUCAUGGACAAAGAAUAUUAUAAGGACCUAGAAAAAAUCAAGACGAUUGGAAGCACCUAUAUGGCAGCUGUGGGAUUAGUACCAACCACUGGAACAAAGGCAAAGAAGUCUAUUCAUUUCCAACUGAGCACACUGGCUGAUUUUGCAAUUGAGAUGUUUGAUGUCCUUGAUGAAAUCAAUUAUCAAUCUUAUAAUGACUUUGUCCUCCGUGUGGGCAUUAACGUUGGGCCAGUAGUGGCGGGAGUCAUUGGUGCCCGAAGACCACAGUAUGAUAUCUGGGGAAACACUGUAAAUGUUGCCAGCAGAAUGGAUAGUACUGGAGUGCAGGGGAAAAUUCAGGUGACUGAAGAAGUUCAUAGACUCUUAAGAAGAUGCAGCUACGAGUUUACCUGCAGAGGAAAAGUCAGUGUCAAAGGAAAAGGUGAAAUGUUGACCUAUUUUCUGGAAGGAAAGAAAAAUGGAAUCAAUUCUCAAACCAGGUCUUUAAACUUAGAACGCAAAACUCUUAACUCCUCCUGAGUUUGAGAAGACACGGAAUCCGAUUUCUUUAAAUAUCUUUCUUGUUUUACCGGCACAAUAGCUACGGAGCACGACAAGCGCUGUGGAACAUCACUUUGAGGAAAGAAAGGUCCAGUUCUUCCCUGAACAUGAGCCACAUUCCAGGUGUAAAUUAGACUCUCAUGAAUGCAGCAUUAAUUCACUUUAGUUCACGGUAUUUCAGGACACUAAAUGGUAAGCAGUCUGAAAGAGUUAAUGCAGAUUCUACAGGUGCCAAAUAUCCCCUCAGGUGGUAGUUUUCACACUGGGGAGAUCAGGCAUGAUUCUGUCCCCCGAGGGCAGGGAUCAUGUCUACCAACUCUGCUGUACACUCCCAAGCACUUUGAACAGUGCUCUGCACGCGGUAA